AUGUUUGCUGCCCGCCUGACAAGCCGUGCUGCUAAGCCCGUCGCCCGCCUGGCGAUGCCCGCUCGCAGCAGCUUCAUGCCGGCCCAAGUCCAAUAUCUCUCCUCUGGUAGCAAAGGCAGAGCUAUGCCCAAGCGUGGCAAAGCCGGCACCGCACCCGUUGCCUCUGUCCCUGCUACUUUUACCAUUCGCGACGGUCCCAUUUUCCGUGGAAAAGCCUUCGGCGCCAAUGCUAACAUCUCUGGCGAGGCGGUCUUUACCACGUCCCUCGUUGGAUAUCCCGAGUCUAUGACCGACCCUUCCUACCGCGGUCAGAUUCUCGUCUUCACUCAGCCUCUGAUUGGCAACUACGGAGUCCCCUCAAACGAGCGUGACCAGUACAACCUUCUCAAGUACUUUGAGUCACCCCACAUCCAGUGCGCCGGUGUUGUCGUCUCCGACGUGGCCCUCAACUACAGCCACUGGACCGCCGUCGAGAGCCUGGCCCAGUGGUGCGCUCGCGAGGGUGUUCCUGCAAUCUCUGGAGUCGAUACCCGAGAAAUCGUCACGUUCCUCCGAGAGCAGGGUUCCUCCCUCGCCAGAAUUUCCAUCGGCGACGAGUACGAUGCUGAUGAAGACGAGGGCUUCAUCGACCCUGGCCAGAUCAACCUCGUCAAGCGCGUCAGCACCAAGGCUCCCUUCGUCGUCGAGUCGCCCGGCGCUGACCUGCACGUUGCCCUCAUUGACUGCGGUGUCAAGGAGAACAUCAUGCGAAGCCUCGUCAGCCGCGGCGCCUCGGUUACUGUUCUGCCUUACAACUACCCGAUCCACAAGGUCGCUCAGCACUUUGAUGGCGUCUUCAUCUCCAACGGCCCCGGCGACCCGACUCACUGCCAGGAAACUGUCUACAACCUCGCCCGCCUGAUGGAGACCUCAUCCAUUCCCAUCAUGGGCAUUUGCCUCGGCCACCAGCUUCUGGCUCUCGCCGUCGGUGCCCGAACGAUUAAGCUCAAGUACGGCAACCGCGCCCACAACAUCCCUGCACUCGACUUGACCACGGGUCAGUGCCACAUUACCAGCCAGAACCAUGGCUAUGCCAUUGAUGCCAGCACUCUACCGAGCGAGUUCAAGGAGUACUUUGUCAACCUGAACGACGGCAGCAACGAGGGCAUGAUCCACAAGACUCGCCCCAUCUUCUCGACUCAGUUCCAUCCCGAGGCCAAGGGCGGUCCCAUGGACAGCUCGUACCUCUUUGAGAAGUAUCUCGACAGCGUCCGCCAGGCCAAGAGCGCCCAGACCGUCUACAAGGACAACCGCCCCAGCCAGUUCCUCCUCGAUGUCAUGAGCCGCGAGCGUGUUGGUGUUGAGCCCGAGUCGCUCGCCAGCGCUGCUUAA